AUGAACAUCUGCCAGCCGAAAACUAACCGUGACUACAUCCCUAUCUCAGACCAUGGCCUGAUCGGAAACUUGCAUACUGCGGCGCUAAUUAGCACUGACGGCUCAGUUGAGAGCUAUUGCGUGCCAAACUUUGAUUCCCCUUCUGUCUUUGCGCGGAUUCUCGACAAGGAUAAAGGGGGUCAUUUCUCGAUCACGCCGAAGGUUCCGUUUACCACUAAGCAGAAUUACCUUCCAAGUUCGAAUGUCCUUCAAACCAAGUUCAUGAAUGAGCAAGGCGUCAUUUCCGUCACUGAUUUUCUUCCUCGCCAGAAGGCAUCUGAAAGUCUCCCGACGACUGCAACUCAGCCUUUACUUCACUGGCUUAUCAGACGUGUCGAGGUAGUCAGAGGAGCGAUCCCUUUGUGUAUGCAAUGUGCCCCGGCCUUUGACUAUGCUCGUGUGGAACAUACCACUGCUAUUCAUGAGGAUACCUCUAGUGCCGUCCCUCAGAAGAAGGCCACAUUUGAGUCGAAGGAUUGCGCUUUAGACUUGAGGUAUGUAGUAGAUAGUACCAUGGAUAAUGUCGCCUGCCCAUCGGUCGAACUUCACCUUCUUGAUUUGUCGGACAAGGGGCAUAAAGGUCUUGGAGUAUGCGCAGACUUAUCGCUAGUUGAGGGCCAAUGCGUAUGGUUCAUUCUUCGCAUCCCACCAGCCAAAGCCGCUUCUGGAUACGAGGUUCUUGAGAUAAACGGUCUGCCUGCUGCAGCAGUAAGCGAUCCUCUCUUGACCAAAGAGCUCAUGGAUGGCUUGUUCCAUACCACAAUCAAAUACUGGGUUGAUUGGAUUCGGCAUUCAUCCUACAAUGGCUCGUGGAAAGAAGCCGUACAUAGAAGCGCUUUAGCAUUGAAGCUUCUCAUUUUUGAGCCAACAGGUGCCGUUGUAGCUAGCCCUACUUUCAGUCUUCCAGAAUACAUCGGAGGCACCAGGAACUGGGAUUACCGUGCAUCAUGGAUUCGGGACUCUUCAUUUACCCUGUAUGCACUCAUCCGGCUAGGAUUCACUCAUGAAGCAAAUGCUUACCUGGAAUUCAUUUUCGAACGUCUGCGCCACAAAAACCCCGAUGGCAGCUUGCAGAUAAUGUACACGAUCCAUGGGGGGAAGGAUUUAGAAGAGAUCGAGCUUAAUCAUCUCGAUGGGCACAAGGGUUCAAAGCCAGUACGAAUUGGCAAUGGUGCUGCAGAUCAUCUGCAAUUGGACAUCUACGGCGAACUGAUGGAUUGUAUCUACCUUGGUCAGAAGUUUGGUCGACCUUUGAGUUACGACGACUGGGUCCUCGUUCGUGAACUCGUCGAUUACGUUGUCGAAAACUUGAAGAACCCUGAUUUGUCCAUCUGGUUCGCCCCAUCCUACGAAGUUUGUCCUUCUAAUAUUUCCCGAUCAUUUAGGGAAGUAAGAAACAAGAAGCGUCAUUUCACAUAUUCCAAGAUAAUGCUGUGGGUGGCCAUCGAUCGAGGCCUGCGGCUAGCAGAUAAGCGUUCGCUUCCCUGUCCUAGGCGUUACAAGUGGCUAGAGGCCCGUGACCUUUUAUACGAAGAAAUCAUGCAAAAAGCUUGGAAUGUGGAGAGGCAGCACUUUGGGCAAAGCUAUGAGGAGACUCACGUCUUGGACUCUGCGUUGCUCAUUAUGCCACUUGUGUUCUUCAUGCAAGGGUCCGACCCUCGAUUUGUCAGUACGUUGAAACAGAUAUUGAAAACACCAGAGAGGGGUGGAUUGACAUCAAAUAAUCUUAUCUUUCGUUAUGAUGUACACAAAUCUGAUGAUGGUGUCGGUGGAGAGGAAGGGACUUUUUGUUUGUGUACGCUCUGGGGUGUCGAAGCUCUAACCCGUGCUGGGCAAUACGACCGGGCUAUGCUUCCCAAAGCUGUUACGAUGUUCGAGGACUUCCUUCAAUAUCUUAACCAUGUUGGUUUAUGCACCGAGGAGGUAUCCGAGGCAGGGGAAGGACUGGGGAAUGCUGUACAAGGAUUUACCCAUGUUACUCUGAUAUCCGCAGCGUAUAAUCUCUCUAGGACGCUAUCGAAGACUAAGCCUCUGUGAAUUUGGUGCAAUACAGUUUAUGAUUAUAAAAAUUAAAAAGUUAUUUACUCUAUAUACAGCAAACUCGGAAUAGGUUGUAAGUAAAGUAAGUCUAAGAAUCUACGAUUAUGUACGCGAUGUAUCAUGUAUAGGAAACGGAGCGAAGCAAUGAAAAGAGAC